AUGUGCUCCCAGCUCUGGUUCCUGACUGACCGGCGCAUCCGCGAGGAAUACCCGCAGGUGCAGAUCCUGCGCGCCCUCCGGCAGCGCUGCUCCGAGCAGGACGUGCGCUUCCGGGCGGUGUUCAUGGACCAGAUCGCCGUCACCGUCAUCGGCGGCCACCUCGGCCUCCAGCUGAACCAGAAGGCCCUUACCACCUUUCCAGAUGUGGUGGUGGUGCGGGUGUCCACACCCUCUGUGCAGUCAGACAGCGACAUCACUGUCCUGCGGCACCUGGAGAAGCUGGGCUGCCGCUUGGUCAACCGCCCACAGAGCAUCUUAAACUGCAUCAACAAAUUCUGGACGUUCCAAGAGCUGGCUGGACAUGGGGUCCCCAUGCCAGACACUUUCUCCUACGGUGGACAUGAAGACUUUUCAAAAAUGAUCGAUGAMGCUGAGCCCCUGGGCUACCCAGUCGUGGUGAAGAGCACGCGAGGCCACCAGGGAAAAGCUGUUUUUCUGGCAAGAGACAAACAUCACCUUUCAGACAUCUGCCAUCUAGUCCGCCAUGAUGUGCCCUACCUGUUCCAGAAGUAUGUGAAGGAGUCCCACGGAAAAGAUAUCCGGGUGGUUGUGGUAGGGGRCCAGGUGAUCGGCUCCAUGCUUCGCUGCUCCACAGAUGGACGGAUGCAGAGCAACUGCUCCCUUGGUAAGAUAGGUGUCAUGUGUCCACUGACAGAACAAGGCAAGCAGUUGGCUAUUCAGGUGUCCAACAUCCUGGGCAUGGACUUCUGUGGCAUUGAUCUUCUCAUCAUGGAUGAUGGCUCCUUUGUGGUGUGUGAGGCAAAUGCCAACGUUGGCUUCCUAGCCUUCGACCAGGCUUGCAACUUAGAUGUGGGGGGGAUCAUUGCAGACUAUACCAUGUCCUUGCUGCCAAAUCGGCAGACUGGGAAGAUGGCUGUCCUCCCAGGACUGUCGAGUCCCAGGGAGAAGAAGGAGCCAGAUGGCUGUGCUUCAGCUCAGGGAGUUGCAGACAGCCCCUACACCAUCAAUAAUGGGUCUACCUCUAGUGAGAGUGAGCCUGAAUUGGGAGAGGCCCGGGAUUCCUCAGCAAACACAKUGGGGGGGCCUGCCCCCCAUGCUUCCCGAGCCUGGAUACAACAUUAA